AUGAUUUUCAGGGAGCUGAUGGACCUGUCUUGUGAUUGGGAUGAUCCUUUACCAUGGGAAUUAGAGAGACGAUGGACAGAAUGGAAGAAUAGUGCAGGUGAUUUAUCCUUCCUCCAGAUUCCUAGAAUGUUUACUUCCAUUCCUACCAGUGAGGCCACCAGGACAGAGCUCCAUGUGUACUCAGAUGCCUCAGAACAAGCUGUGGCAGCAGUAGCGUAUCUAAAAGUAUUUAGGACAGAUGAUAAACAUGAGUUGGGCUUUGUAUUUGGAAAAUCCAAACUUUCACCCAAACACGGACAUACGAUACCUAGACUGGAGCUUUGCUCUGCUGUAUUAUCAUCCGAAAUUGCUACUGCUGUAACCAGACAACAAGAUGUCCCAGUUGACGCUACAUACUUCUACUCUGAAGCAAGAGCAGAGCAAUGGAAUUAUAUUUCCUCAGAGCAAAACCCAGCAGAUGUAGGGACUAGAGGAGUUCUGGCCAAGAAUCUAAAAGACUGUCAAUGGUGGAAACCUCCCUUUCAAGUUUCCUUUUACAAGCAGGACAUAGAUGAAAGCUUUCAAAUGGUCAAACCUGAUGAUGAUGUGGAAGUCAGACCUUUGAUUACAGCAAUGAAAGUAGAAGAAACAGAAAAUUCUUCCUAUAGCCCAUCCUCUUGGAAGAAAAGGUUCUGUAAAUUUUCCUCAUGGGAAAGGCUUGUUCUUGGUAUGAGCAGGCUUAGAAAAGCGGCACUUGAGAAAACAUUUCAUGUAAGUCACACAACUGCGAAGGAGUUUAGUGCCACGGAACUGCUGAUCCUAAAGAUUGUCCAGAAAGCUGUCUUCGGAAAAGAGAUCCAGAGUCUGACUAGUGGUAAAGCAGUACCUAAUGACAGUCCAUUGUCUUCACUCUACCCAUAUAUUGAUGAAGAAGGAGUACUUAGAGCAUUACCAUGA